AUGGAGAUUGAGCUUCUGUUCUUCAUCAUUCUAAUAGCAGCAGCUGAUGCUCAGUCCCUUGCAGGUUGUCCUAACAAAUGCGGAGAUGUGGACAUUCCUUAUCCAUUUGGGGUAGGGGUACAACCUGGUACUUCUCGAAACUGUUUCUUAGACAAAUCAUUCAAUCUCACUUGUGACAACUCCACAUCCACGUUAUACUUCGGAAACGCCUUAGUUUCCAACAUCUCCUUCCGACAAAAUCAAAUGGAGAUCUCAACCUUUGUCUCCACGGCUUGUUUCAAUCAAUCAGGACCAGAAAGUAUACACCCUCACCGUAUUCUCACCGAUUCCUUCACCAUUUCCAACACACAAAACAAGUUCAUUACUUUUGGUUGCGACGCUUUGGGCAUAAUAAGGUUCCAGAACCAUUUGCGGGACAACUUCACCUAUUACAGUGGUUGCGUGGCACUAUGUGACAGACCUCCAAAAAACAUGGGUGAUCAGACUUGUACAGGAACUGGGUGUUGCCAAGUGGAUAUACCUGAGGGAAUCAAUAAUAUCAGUUAUGGAGUAUCUAGUGUUUAUAAUCAUACCAACGUGUCGGCAUUCAACAACUGCAGCUAUGCUUUUGCUGCCAAACAUGACUGGUUUAGUUUCUCACUCGAUUAUCUGCAGUACUUUCCCUAUGAUAAAGUCCCACUCGUCCUAGAUUGGACUGUUUCAAAUGAUACCUGUCAGAACGCUUCUGAAAAAGCAGACUAUGCCUGCAAAUCCAACUCAGAUUGCGUAGAUUCCACUUUUGGAGCUGGGUACAACUGCAUAUGCAAGCCCGGCUUUGAGGGAAAUCCAUAUCAUCCAGAUGGAUGUCACGAUGUUGAUGAGUGUGGCAAAUCAAAUAACUGUAGCAUGCCAAAGCAAUGUCGCAAUUUCGAUGGUACUUACCAAUGUUCUUGUCCACAUGGAUAUAAAGGCGAUGGCUACAUUAAUGGAACAGGCUGCACUUUGGACACACAUGAAUAUAGUAAUCGUCGUUUGCUGGUUCUUAUAACUGCCUUAGGCAUUAGUGUUGCACUGUUAGUUGCCUUUACAUUGGUCUCCACAUUAUGCUGGGCACGCAAGCAAAGAACUUUGAAACAACUUAGACAAAAAAACUUCGUGCAAAAUGGAGGAAACUUAUUGCUGGAACAAUUUUCGCAACAUCAAGGGUACUCUAAUCAAACAAAAAUAUUUGCAGAAGUUGAGCUCAAAAAUGCCACAAACAACUUUGAUGAGUGUCGAAUCCUUGGUCGUGGGGGGCAAGGCAUAGUUUAUAAGGGUUUAUUACCGGACAAUACACUUGUUGCCAUUAAGAAGUCCAAAGUAGGAGGAAAUCCUAGACAAAUUAAGGAUUUUAUCAAUGAAGUGUUUGUGCUCUCUCAAGUCAAUCAUCGAAAUAUUGUCAAAUUGUUGGGUUGUUGUCUUGAAACUGAUGUCCCUUUGUUGGUAUACGAGUUUGUAAAUAAUGGCAUCCUUGAUCACAUAGAUCCUUUGAAGAAUGAGUUUUCUAUUCCAUGGGAGACUCGAUUGAGAAUAGCUGCAGAAACUGCUGAGGCUAUUUCAUAUCUGCACUCAUAUGCUUCAAUCCCAAUUAUUCAUCGGGAUAUUAAAUCUACCAACAUACUUUUAGACCAUAACCUUAGAGCAAAGGUGUCUGACUUUGGAGCUUCAAAACUUAUUCCUCUCGACGAAACUCAUGUUACAACUGUGGUACAAGGGACUCUUGGAUACUUGGAUCCAGAAUAUCUCCACAUAGGUCAAUUGAAUGAGAAAAGCGAUGUUUACAGUUUUGGAGUUGUACUUGUGGAAUUGCUCACGGGUAAAAACAUUGAAUUUAGCAGGCCAGAACAGAAAAAUCUAGCCAUGUAUUUUGUGUCUUCAAUGAAAGAAGACCAUCUACUAGAAAUUCUUGAUAAGCGAGUGUUAGAUAGAAAGAAUGCAAAUCAGCUUAAGGAAAUAGCCUUAUUAGCAAGGAGAUGUGUUAGAGUAAAAGGAGAGGAAAGGCCCACUAUGAAGGAAGUAGCGAAGGAACUAGAGGGUAUGAUUGCAAUGAAAAAGCAUGUUUGGGCAAUGAAAGGUGAUGAAGAGAGUAUGUCAGAAGAAAGCGAAUAUUUACUUGGACAUGUACCAAAUAUGUAUAGGGAAACAGGGGCUAUGAUGAUGAAGAUGGGGCUGGAACUGCUCUUUCUCGUUAGUCUUUUAGCUGCAUCUGAAGCUCAGUCCCUUGCCGGUUGUCCCAACAAAUGUGGAGAUGUGGAGAUUCCAUAUCCUUUUGGAGUGGGGAUACAACCUGGUACUUCUCGAAACUGUUUCUUUGAUCAGUCGUUUAAUCUCAAUUGUGACAACUCCACGUCUACGUUAUACUUCGAGAAUUUUCCAGUUUCGAACAUAUCCCUCCAACAAAGUCAAAUGGAAAUCUCCAUGGCUGUUUCCAAUGGUUGUUUUAACGCAUCAGGCAAAGAUCUUUCUCUUUACACCAAAGCCUUCACCGUUUCCAGCACCCAGAACAAGUUCCUAACUGUUGGUUGCGACGCUUUGGGCGUAAUUAGUUUCGAAAAAAACUUCACUUAUUACAGUGGCUGUGUUGCGUUAUGUGACAAACCUCCUUCAAGAGAGAUCAAUGAUAAGACUUGUUCCGGGACUGGUUGUUGCCAAGUGGAUAUUCCCAAGGGAAUGAACAAUAUCAGUUUUUUUGCUUCUACUGUCACAAAUCAUACCAACGUAUCGGCCUUCAACAAUUGUACCUCUGCUUUUAUUUCCAAAAAUGGUUGGUUUAGCUUCUCCCCAGAUUAUCUAGGCGAAUUUCCCUUUGAAAGGGCUCCACUUGUCUUAGAUUGGACUGUUUCAAAUGGUACUUGUCAAACUGCUGCCUCCAGUAGUAAUAACACAGCAGAAGACUAUGCCUGCAAAUCCAACACAGAUUGUGUGGAUUCCAGUGAUGGGGUUGGGUACAAAUGCAAAUGUAAACCCGGCUUUGAGGGAAAUCCAUAUCACCCAGAUGGAUGUCAAGAUGUUGAUGAAUGUAGCAGACCCAACAACUGCAGUAUGUCAAGGCAAUGCCACAAUUUUGAUGGCACCUAUCGUUGUUCUUGUCCACCUGGAUACAAAGGCGACGGCUAUACUAACGGAACAGGCUGCACUUUGGAUACUCCUCGAUCUAAUCAUCAAUUGCUUAUUCUUAUAAUUGCAUUAGGCAUUAGUGUAGCCUUGUUGGCUGUCAUUGCACUGAUUUCAACAGUAUGUUGGGCACACAAGCGAAGAACUCUGAAACAACUUAGACAGAAAAAUUUUGUGCAAAAUGGAGGAUACAUGCUGUUACAACAACUUUCACAACAUCAAGGAUACACUGAGAAAACCGAAAUAUUUACAGAAGUUGAGCUUAAGAACGCCACAAACAACUUUGAUGAGUCUAGAAUUCUGGGUCGCGGGGGUCAAGGCACGGUGUAUAAAGGUAUAUUACCAGACAAUAAAAUUGUUGCCAUUAAGAAGUCUAAAGUAGGAGGGACUCCUAGACAGAUCAAGGAUUUUAUUAAUGAAGUGUUUUUGCUUUCCCAAAUCAACCACCGAAAUGUUGUCAAACUUUUGGGAUGUUGUCUUGAAACUGACAUCCCUUUGUUAGUAUACGAGUUUGUGGACAAUGGCACGCUUCUUGACCACCUAGAUCCUUUGAAAAAUGAGUUUUCUAUUCCUUGGGAAGUUCGAUUAAGGAUAGCUGCAGAAACUGCUGGAGCUAUUUCAUAUUUGCACUCUUCUGCUUCCAUUCCAAUUAUUCAUCGGGAUAUUAAAUCCACCAACAUACUUUUAGAUCAUAAUCUAAAAGCAAAAGUGGCUGACUUUGGAGCGUCAAGACUUAUUCCUCUUAAUGAAACUCAUGUCACCACGAUGAUACAAGGGACUUUUGGAUACUUGGAUCCAGAGUACCUCCACAUAGGUCAGCUGAAUGACAAAAGCGAUGUUUAUAGUUUUGGGGUUGUGCUUGUGGAAUUGCUCACAGGAAAUAAAGCAGCUGAAUUUAGAUGGUCAGAAGAGAAAAAUUUGGUAAUGUAUUUUGUGUUUGCAAUGAGAGAAAACCGUUUGUGGGAGAUUCUUGACAGACGACUGUUAGACCAAAAGAAUGAUGAGCAGCUAAAGGAAGUAGCCUUGCUGGCAAGGAGGUGUGUUAGAGUGAAAGGAGAGGAAAGGCCAACUAUGAAGGAAGUAGCAAAGGAACUAGAGGGUCUAAUUGCAAUGGAAAAACAUCCUUGGGUGAAUCAUGAAGAUGUUGUGUCAGAAGAACGCCAGUACUUAGUUGGUCAUGUAUCUGAUAAUUAUAGGGCAAUUGGUACCAGCACUUUUGCUUCAUAUGAUAGCAUGUUGAAGGAAAUUUCAUCUGAAAUUGCAGAUGGACGAUAA